UUCUUGUGAUUGGCUGUAAAACCAUUUGAUUUGGAGUCAAUUACAGAGAAGAUACUUCUCCCAUGACUGCUUGUAAUAUUUUAAAUUCUUUAGAUGAGUGCAGGGCAGUCUUCACUCUACCAACAACUGUAAAUCAAAUUAAUUUUCAAAUAGCUUUAAUCUGACCAAAGAUUAUACUUUCAACACUUCUUAGACAAGAUCAAUGCUCCUACAGCUUUUAACUCUCUCGUCGAAUACAACCUGCUCUAUCUGUUUGCGUGGAGUGGUGGUUAAUAUCUAAUCCAUUUCACACUUAAUCCAUUUUACACCAGCCUUUUCAAAGGAUAAUAAUUCUAGUUCGUCUUUUAUUGUGUCACAUUACAAUUUAUAGAACUUUCCGGUUUAUUGAAUGAGAAGGGACCCUUGCCAGUACAGAGCCAUGUGAUUGCGACCAUAUCUUUUAGAUCUUGAAAUAAAUCCUGCUGUCGGCAGGCUGGAAGGAAAGAUAUAUUUUUGCCAUCAUUUUCUUGUUAGACCUGUAUGCUUCACAAUGGAAAUACAUCUGAUGCAGUCUUUUAUAUCAGUUUAAAAGGGUCACCUUUCAUGCUUAUUUCUAUUUCAUGUGCAAUCCUACUGCCCAGCAACAACUACCUCCAGCAAAAAAAUAAUUAUGGUUCAGUAUUUUAUUACAUACAGUAUCCUUCUCACCUUUUUAUUCCUAGCGUCUAACACUAUGUUUAUGUACUUUUAUGGUUUUAAAAGAAAUCUGUACUUUUAGAGCCAUGAGUUACACUAGAUGGCACUGUGCAACAACUGCUACUAGCUGCAACACAUCAUUUCCUUCCUUGCAGAAGAGGUGAAGAAUCAAGUAAGAAACAACAGAUGAAAAGAGGGAAAGGUUGAGACAACUUCUGUUGGUUCUAGUUAAGGAUCGCUGUUGGAAAAGUAUCACAGGAAGAAUUUUAAGCAUCCUGGGCACGCUUCUUUCUAAUCUGGUGCUCUGUGUUUUUCAACUUCCACUCUGCUAAAUCUCUGGGCUCUUGGUGUCAGGGAUGUCUGAAAGAAGUAGAACCAACAGAACUUCUGCCUCCUUAUCAUUACUGAUCAUCAUACUUCUGGCUUUUCUCGCCUCAUCAGCUGCUGCAACAGAAAGGAAGGCCCCAAGAAGAAUAUUCCCAGUACGCCCUCGACCAGCUGGUGCAAGAUCAUCUGCUCUACAAGGAUUGGGACUAAGAACUACACAGAGAUUUCGAGGCUUUUCGCCCAGUCCUGGAGAGAGUGCAAGGAAGAUAAAUUAUGCUCCUCUUAAGCCAAGUAUUCAGAACCAAGAUAAUAAGCAACGUGCAUCUGAGUCAGUGCAUGUGGUCUCACUACCGUCAAUGAAUUCUCAGAGGAAAAGCCAGCCAGUAUAUCGGGCAGCUGUUACAAAGCUUAAAAUUCCAGAGGAAACACAUUUCGUGGAACCAAAAGAUGUCAGUGUUAGAGUCAUAUCUUCUCAGUCUGUACUUGUUUCCUGGGUAGACCCUGACUAUGAAAAGUCAAAGGUUGUCUCAAACAGGCAGUACACUGUGCGCUACAGAGAAAAGGGAGAGUCUGCUAGAUGGGAUUACAAGCAAGUGAACACAAGACGCGCUUUGGUGGACAAAUUAAAUCCUGAUGCUAUGUAUGAAUUUUCUGUCCGUAUUUCUUUAAAAGGCACUGAGGGUCAAUGGAGCUCUUCUGUUUUCCAAAGAACCCCUGAAUCUGCUCCAACAAGUGCCCCAGAAAACUUCGAUGUGGAGCCCCUAAAGGGCAAAGGAACAGUUGUAAUGGCAAAAUGGGAUGACUUAGAUGAUGCCAGUGGCAGGAUUAAAGAAUACAUUAUCUCAUAUGCUCCUGCAAUGAAACCAUUUGGAGGCAAAUCUCUGUCCUACUCUGGAAGAACUACUUCAGCCAUAAUUGAAGGCCUGCACCCUGGGGAACGUUAUAUUUUUAAAAUACGGGCAGUGAACAGAAGGGGCCAGGGCCCACAAUCUAAAGCUGUUACAGUCAUUAUGCCACUAGCAAGCACUGCAUCCAAACCUCUAUAUCCUCCAUCUCAAAGAAAGGAUGUUGAAAAACCUGAAGAAAAACAAGAUGAAGAUUCGUUAUCAACAUCUGAAGAGACAGUUAACUUAAAGUCUAAUUUUAAAACUGAUACAGAUUCUAAUGCUAAAUCAUCUCAUACAAUUGUUAGCAAAAACCCUCUAGAAACCAGCAAGAAAACUGUUGAUAAAGAAUCCAGUCCUCAAUCAACUGAAAUCACUGAGGAUACUAACCCUGCAACACCAAAGCCAAAAUUUGCACCCAUUCCUCCAAGGAGGAGAGUUCGCCCCAUUGUAAUAAGAAAACCUAUUAACUCUGGCUUAAACAAUGGAAGGAGACCUCUAAGAAAAAAUCCUAUAGAAGUAGAGCAAAAAGAGCAAGAUCAUAAACUUGUUUCUCCCACACUUUCUGUAGAUGAAGAUAAUGAAACCAAUGACCCAGAACUCGAUGAAUCAGAUAAUUAUUCCCUUUCUGAAAGAAAUCCUACAUCUAAGGUAAUCGAAAAUUUUCCUAGUGAAAGCAAGGAAGAAGAAGACCACCAGCUUCCAGAUUAUAAUGAUUCAAAGAAUGUAGUGGCCAAAAUUUCUCCAUUACAUUCUAGUUCUAAAAGGACUGAAACAAGUAGCCAUGGGAACAAAGAUGAAAGUGAACCUGGUUUAGAGAUAAAUAAAUACAUUUCAGAAUCCACCUCUACUAGUACCCCUAAAAAAGAAUUAACCUAUACAAACCAAAGAAGGCCCUUGAGCAGGUUCCCAAUUAUUCAAGGAAAUGGCAAAUCUUUCUCCAACUCAGUUAGGACACGUAACCAACCUAUUCAUUCUUCUAAAUUGCCAUUAACAAGUGUGCAUCAAACAGAGAAAGAAAUUAGUGAAAGUGAAGAAAAAACAAAAAAUGAUUUCAAUAAAAAUUCAGAAAGGACAGAUAUUAGCUAUACCCAAUCAAUCGUUCAAUUAAAGCCUCGCACUAAAAUCAUUUCUUCUCAAAAACCAGUUCCUCAUUUAAAACCCCAAACACAGCCAUCUGUCCAUGUAAACAAAACUAAAGAAUCAGCUCCUUAUAUUACACAUCGUUCUAAAAAUCCUGAUGUUGAUAUUAAUGUUGAAACAAAGGAUACAGAAAACAAAUAUUCAGAUUUUAAAGAACAUGGAUCCUCGAAAAUACCCGUCCAGAAAUCUUCAGACAUACAUACCAGUUCAAAGUUGAGUUCUGAUACUAAAUCAACUGAUAAAGAUUCUGAUCAUGCAAAUACAGAACAGACAGGGAAAGAAAAGGAAGUCUUUGUCUCUGAGCACAAAAGGUUAAAGACAACAGUACAUGAUAUUGAAAAACACAUUUUUAUAAGUACUCCUAUUCCUACUACUAUUUCUACCACCACUAUUGCUACUACCACCACCUCUUCUACAACUAAACCUCAAACUACAAGUAAAUCCUACAAACCAAAUGUAAGAGACUUUAACAAAUACACUGCAGAAAAACCCCAUACAGAUUCAGUGCCAUCCGUCAUUGGAAAAUCUGCCUUAUCAAUAUUAGAAUACUACAGAAGAAGGAGCUCCCAAGUAAAGUCAAAUGUUGGCACUAGAAUUAAUUACAGAAACAACAAAAAGGUUCAGGAUGUUGCAAGUACUACUGUGCCAACCACAACCAUGUCAACUACAGAAACUGUUCGAACAACAUUAACCUCAAAAUAUUUAGAAGAAUAUAUCCAUAGUAAAUCAAUAGAUACUAAAGGUCACCAGCCUCUUAAUGAACUUGAACUUAAUUCAAGGGUAUCUUCCACUCCCCAGACCUAUAGUGAAGUUGAUGAAAUGUCCAAUUCACCAUCUCUGAUUGGCACUAAGCAAACAAAUAAUUCACCAUCAAAAACCAAUAUUGUACAGCCCAAAUAUAAAAAAGUAAUUGUAUCUAAAGUCCCUCUCAGGGACAACAAAAAGAUUUCUACUAGUUCAAUCCUACGCCAGAAAUUUCCUAAAGAAAAUUCCUUUUCCUAUGAUCGCCAGUCAAUUGCAUCAAACAAGAAGAGUAGCAUUUCUUCUGGCACUUCCAGCCUAGAAGAAACAGAGAAAAUACCUGACAUUUCUACAAGUACAACUGAUUCCAUAUCUCCUUCAGCAUCAAGUAUUCCUUCUAUGAAAGGUUCUGCCUUGCUUUUUCCAAAUAAUACAUUAAAUAACUUUGAAUCUAAGAAUAAAGAAGAAAUAUAUCAAGUUAAUGGCAAGGACAUUAUGCCUUCUGUAGAAUCAUAUUCUUACUUACCAUCCAACAGAAAUGUUGACAUUAGAAAAACAUCCCUGGGUACAUCCCACCAGAACGUUACUAAGUCACAUUCUGGUGUUGGUUCAUUUUCCAAGCCAUAUAAAAUUUCAGACGUUGAACCAAAUAAAAAUACUCAAAACAUGGCAAAAACGGUUGCCUCUUCUCCUUUAUCCAAGGCAUUGCCUGGUUCAAAGCAAAGAGUAGGAUACAAAGUACCUAUAAGAGUUUCAGUGGAAGGUGUGAGAAGGACCAAUAAACCCAACAUUGCACCUUCAAUAGGAAAGGAUGACGCAAAGCAUAUUUCACCUUCUCUAUCAAAAGUUCAACUUUCUGCUGAAAGGAAUGAUAAUGAUUUUCGCAAAACAUCAAUAAAAACUCAGCCAACAGCAAAAGAGGAAAGCCCUACUUCAUCUUUAAAUUCACAUUCACCUGCAUUGUCUUCUUCUGUAGUACUUACAAAUGGAAACGUUAAAAGGAAUGAUUAUGAAAAGAAUGACUUUACGGAUUCCUCUUUUUCCCAAGUUCAGUCUACAAAUCUAGAAGAUGAAGAAGGCUUAAGUACCCCUUUAACACUGAAAGACGUUCCUCAAAAAUCAUCAGCAGCUUCUUCUAAUUCUAAAUAUUCUGUUGUGCAAAGAAAAACAAGCAGUACAGUAACAGUUUUGCCUACCACAAGUCACUCACAAAUUUCAAACAGAACCUCUCCAUAUCGGCUAAUUCCAUCAUUUGCUAGAAGACAAAGCUUUGGGAGACCAUUAUUAUCAACAGCUACACCUCCACGAACAACUACCCCUGGGAGCACUGCUUCUCCUACCACUUCUUUAUCAUUACGCCAAAGGAUUAUAAAUUCAAGGCUACGUUCUCCAUUACGAAGACAAUUUGGAAGACCACUUUAUAGGCAAGGUAACAAUGGAAGACCGAAACUAUCAGCAAGCGUGGACUCUUAUGGGAAUGCUCCAUCUGCUACUAAUGGACAAAGAAUCAUCCAUGGCCCUCAAGGAACAAAGUGGGUUGUUGAUCUAAAUCGAGGAUUAGUCCUCAAUCCAGAAGGUCGAUUUCUUCAGGAUUCCCAAGGAAAACCACUUCGCAUAAAGUUGGGAGGAGAUGGUCGAACCAUUGUUGAUAUGAACGGUGCUCCUAUGGUAAGCCCUGAUGGACUACCUCUCUUUGGAAAUGAUAGAUUUAGCAAACCUGUUGCCAGUGCACAAGACAAGCCAGUGCUGAGCCUGGGGGGAAGACCACUGAAGGGGCUUGAAGUACCAAGAACAACUAGAAUACCAACUACAAGACCAACAACUAUCCCCACUACCACUGCAACCACAACUACAACCACUACUACCACCACCACCACUGCUCCUACGACUACACCUGAACCAACAACUAUUGAACAAACUACAGAGGAACUCCCUAUGGCCACCUGUCCUCCUGGCACAUAUUCACAGUAUGAUGAAGAAGGAAAUGUAAUCAUGGGACCUGAUGACAAGCCUGACUGCUACAAGGAAGAUAGCUUCUCAGGACAAGAUCUGAUUGUUACCACAGAAACUCCUGAAAUUAUUACAUACCCGGUUCUUGAUGAAGAUAAUUAUUUAUUUGAGACCACGGAACCUCCCAUUAAAUUAACCACUAAACCUCCAACUCCUCCCGAGGUUCCAGAAAUUGAGUCAAUUACUUCAAACCUGGUGUCAGAAUAUGACGUUGCUGGAAAAAAGAGAUUUACUGCUCCUUAUGUGACUUACAUUAGCAAAGAUCCAUCUGCUCCUUGUUCUCUGACUGAGGCCCUGGAGCAUUUUCAAGUGGAAAAUCUGGAAGAUAUCCUACCCAAAGACCUCAGUGAGCCGAUUCUACCUCCCCAGAAAAUAUCUUACAACAUCACUGUUGUGGCAGUGGAAGGCUGCCAUUCUUUUGUCAUUCUAGACUGGGCCAAACCCAAAAAGGGGGAUUUCAUUACAGGAUAUUUAGUUUAUAGUGCAUCGUAUGAAGAUUUUCUGCGAAACAAGUGGUCGACAGGAACUGCUGGAGCCACAAGUUUUCCCGUUGAAAAUCUUAAACCCAAUACAAGAUAUUAUUUUAAAAUUCAAGCAGAAAAUCCUUAUGGUGUUGGACCAGUGAGCCCCCAUGUAUCAUUUGUUACAGAAUCAGAUAAUCCACUGCUAAUAGUAAGGCCUCCAGGAGGAGAACCAAUCUGGAUCCCAUUUGCAUUCAAGCAUGAUUCAAGCUUUUCAGGCUGCAGUGGAAAACAAUAUGUUAAACGUACUUGGUACAGAAAGUUUGUGGGUGUUGUGCUUUGCAAUUCUUUAAGAUAUAAAAUUUAUCUCAGUGAAAAUCUAAGGGAUACAUUUUAUUGCAUAGGAGACAGCUGGGGUCGAGGUGAAGAUCACUGUCAGUUUGUGGAUUCAUACAUGGAAGGAAGAACAGGACCUUUGACUUAUGUAGAGACAAUGCCUACAGUUAAUGGUUAUUACCGGCAGUAUGUUCAAGAGCCAGUGUCUUUUGGCCAAAUCGGCUUCGGAACUGCACAUAACUACGUGGGCUGGUAUGAGUGUGGAGUGCCUAUUCCAGGCAAAUGGUAACAAACAGGUGGUCACGUCAAUAAAUCCACAAUGAUUUGCACCUAUACAAGCCUGUGCCAUUCAACUGAAUGGACGGAUUUACAGCACUUUUGAAAGAAUAGGACCAAAAGAUUAAUAUAAAACUAGAUGUUUCAAACAAAAAACACUGUCAAUCUAAAUAUGUGGUGCUACAUUACUCGGACUCUGUUGUAGUGUUCAAUCAGUGAAAUCCCUUGACCACAAAAACUUGGACAAAUCCUGUAACUUGAGAGAAUGAAGGCAUGAUGUACUUGCUUCCUUGAAAGCUAAACACCAUUGUUAAAAAUCUUCCAUCUGACUUUUUCUACUUCAAUUAAAUGUCACACUCACAUGUACCUUCUUAGAAACCCUUAUAAGACAGAAGAGAAUUCCAAUGACCUUCACCUUCGCAAAGUUUUUGUGUAUAAUUACAUGUUGUGAUUUCAAAAAAAGGUAGAACUUAGCAAAAGUGUACUGUUUAGUUGAGAAAUUAGGCUACUAAUCAGGGACCUACUUUUAAAAUGAGUAAAGUUACUCAGUAAGCACUGGGAAUAUAUUUUUCAUCCUCUGUAUAUUUUCCAUCUCAGUAUUCAGUUAUUUUCUAAGAUUUGUGGCUCAAGAUUAAAGGAAUACUUUAUGACUUUACUAUCAUUUUCAGUAAUGUAUAAAACCCAAGGGGUCAUUUACAACAUAGGUAUAGUUGCAGUAAUCCACAUCAACCAAUCAGAUAUUGUGGCAGAUUCACUAAGCGUCGAAUUUGCGCUAGUGUCCGCUUCGCUCACA